UUGUUUAGCAGAGAAUAUUUUAAUAUUUUAUAUAAAAUACCGGCUCAUUUUGCUGAUUUAAUUGAAAUAAAUAUGCCUAAAAAGAAUUUUGGUGAGAAUAGUAAAGCUGUGGCCGCUCGACAGCGCAAAGAAAAUGCGAAACUUGAAAAAGAUCAGAAAUUAAAGAAACAGGUUGAAGACGCCGAAUGGGAGGAUAAUGACGAAAAACUUAAAAAGAAACAGCAGAAAAAGGAUGAGCAAGAAAAAAAGCGACUAGAGCAGCUUCAGAAAAAGGCAGAGGCUAAAGCUUUGCUUGAGAAGGAAAUGGAGUCAAUAAAGAGCAAGGUGGCCGCUCCUCCGCCACAGAAGAUAACACGAGCACAGAUCUCACAGAUGAAGGAGAGAGUUGUUAAGGCAGAACCUGAAAAACCUGUCCCAUCUAAAGUCGUGGUUGAAGAUCCUCUUUUAGAAGAAAAUCUAAACAGGCUGCAAAUAGAAGGAGAAGUAGCUCAAUCAGUUGAUGAAGCAUUGGCUAUACUCAGUGAUAAGUCUGAUGUGGAUAAACAUCCUGAGAAAAGACUGAAAGCUGCUUACACUGCUUUUGAAGAAAUCAAUUUGCCGAGGCUCAAGGCCGAGAAUCCAACACUUAGAUUGUCACAACUCAAACAAAUGCUCAGGAAAGAAUGGCUCAAAUCACCACAGAAUCCUCUUAAUCAAGUCUAG